UAUUAGAAAUAGAAAAAAGGAAACCCAACUCUGUUCUUCAUGAAUCAAAUUGUUGGUGGAAAUUUCCACAGAGGAAUUCCCUUCUUCACAAAUUCGAACCCUAAUAUUAACUCUCUCAAAAUCCCAUCCCAAAAAUCAUGUUUUUUUCGCCCAAAUCGCACUGUAUAUAAAAUAAAGAGACGCAGCAGGUCAAUUUUGUUUUCACCUCCAGCUAAUAAUACGCCGGUUGGUCAAUCUGAGCAUUCACUUGUUGAAAAGGAUCCUGUUUGUGAUGGUGGGCAAUUUACUGCAUUUCCGCACAUACAAUCUCUUAGGAACUUCCCAAAGGAGGAGCUGUUCGGAAAAGUCGUCUUGGUCAGAUUCGAUGCGGUGAUUUUGCUUCACGGAAAUCUAUCACCACCUGCAAAUGCUUUUUCCACCAUUAAGUAUCUAUACGAAGCAGGCGCAAAAGUAAUUCUCGUGGGUAGUUGGAACGAGAAUACCGGUUCGAAUGAAUCUGUUGCAGGUUUUCUGUCAUCGAAUCUUGGAAUACAAGUUGUUCCGGUGCAUUCAGAUGUUGAAAAUCGCAAAAAGGCUAGUAGCAUUCUUCUACUCGAGAAUCUUUUCGGCUUUAAGGAGGAAAGGGCUAAUUGUUCGAAAUUUGCCAAAGAACUUGCGUAUGGGGUUGAUAUAAUUGUCAAUGAUGCAUUUUCUGAAUCUCAUAAAGUUCUUGCUUCAACAGUUGGUAUUGCUCGAUUUUCGUAUGCCUACAUCGCCGGAUUUUACUUCGAGGAGUGUCUGUAUAAGCUCAAGAAAAUCACGGGCACCACUGAAAAACCCUAUUUUGCUAUUAUAGGUGGAGGCAACUUUGCGGACAAAGCCGAUGCCUUGCGGUUUUUAGUAUCUAAAUGUGAUGGUGUAAUCUUUGUUGGAAAAAUGGCUUUUCAAAUAAUUCAUGCACUUGGAGUACAUGUUCCGAUGAAGUUAUUGGAACUUGGAGCAUUAAAAGAAGCUGUCAGUAUAGUGGAAUAUGCAAAGUCGAGAAACAUUCCACUUGUGUUUCCAAAAGAUGUCUGGUGCAUCGAAGAUCACGUACCGAAGAAGAUGGAGGUAUUCUCUGUUAAUUCUAUUCUCGAAGGUUGGCAACCUGUUGAUAUUGGACCAAGAUCGUUAGAAGAAAUGAUCCUUUUGAUUUCAGGAUGCAAGAAAAUAAUGUGGAUUGGGCCAUUGAGAUUCAGCUCCUCGAAACAGGAUAAAGGUGCAACGUUUAAAUUGGCAGAAGCGGUUGGUACACUAAGCAGUUGCACCACAACUUAUGUUGGAAAAAUGGAGUUUGAAAAAUUACAGGGGAAGUCGACAUUUUUUUCGAAUGAUAAUGUUUUGACAAGUGCCUCAGUUGUUUGGGAGGUUCUUAAAGGAAGAAAUCUUCCCGGACUCGUGGCAUUAGAUAGAGCAUAUCCUUUUACGGUAGACUGGGGUGUCUCUUACAGUGAUCCAAUGAGACCUCUGGUUGUUGAUAUUGGAAGUGGUAAUGGCUUGCUCUUGUUUGGAAUGGCAAGAACGCGAAAAGAUAUGAAUUUUCUUGGCCUCAAAAUGAAUGCUAAUCUGGUGGAUCGUUGUCUAGAUGAUGUUCGUCAACUCGGUAUCUGCAAUGUGCACUUUAUAACGACAAAUGCUACAUCAACUUUUCGGUCUAUAGUUUCCAGUUACCCGGGGGAGUUGGUUCUUGUAUCCAUACAGUGUCCGAAUCCCGAUUUCAACAAACCUGAAAAUCGGUGGAGAAUGCUGCAAAGGUCAUUGGUUGAAGCUAUCACUAAUAUGCUAAUAUUUGGUGGACAGGUGUUUCUCCAAUCUGAUAUAAAAGCUGUUGCAGUGAGGAUGAAAAACGAAUUCAUCGAAUACGGCAAGGGUAAACUCGUAAUUUCGGAACAUUCGCAUGAUGUGGAAAAUAAUAAUAAUAAUACAGAAUGGCUGAAUGAAAAUCCCUUUGGAGUGCCAUCGGAUUGGGAAAAUCACGUGUUAGACCGUGGUAACCCUAUGUACAGACUCCUGCUUACUAAAGUGGAAAGCUGAAGCCAUAAAUUCCAAAUUAAAAUCCAGAAAUUAAAGUGGAAA